UUUUAGAGUUUGCGCAGUUCGAUGACGUUGCGUAACUUAUCGGAGGGUUUCAGAGUCUCUAUUGCAGUAUCACAAGAAAGUUCUGAGAGUUUGGACGUUUAAGCGAUUACACGAAAUCCUUUGUGCUAAAAAUCAUAAAACAUGCCUCGACGAGGACGUGCUCCAGCUCCAAGGGCGGCUAGGCCCGCUCCUGUCGCUCGUGCUCCAGUUCCAGCACCUGCUCCUGCGACAACACCCAUGAUGGCCCAACCUCAACAACCAUCCCUCAUGGGACAAAUGGCCGCUACCGCUGGAGGUGUAGCCAUUGGUUCUGCUGUUGGUCAUACCAUCGGACAUGCUGUAACCGGGCUGUUCAGCGGAGGUUCUAACGAAGCUGUUGCACCUGCUGCAGCCCCUGCACAAGCUGCACCAGCUUCUGCACCUGCUGGCAGUGCUUGUGCAUGGGAGGUUAAACAAUUCUUGGAGUGCGCUCAGAACCAGUCAGAUCUUACAUUAUGCGAUGGUUUCAAUGAAGCUCUUCGUCAAUGCAAAGCUUCCAAUCAUUUAAUUUAAAUAUAUAUGUUUCUUAAAAAGGGGUUAGCAUUUGAAUUUUAGAGAAAUUUAGGAAGAGUAUUAUUCAAAUUAUUUUAUAGUAUAAAAAAAUUCUGAAACAGGAUUAUGUUAAGUAUAACCUGCAUGUACCUAUUAUAUAAAUGUUAUAAUCUGUAUAUGUAUGGAAUUGGAAUAGGAAUAAAUUGAUUUCUGUGUACAACACAAGGCAGACCUGGAUUAUGUAUCUAAAGUAAUAAUAAAAGUAACAAGAACCUAA